AUGCUACACUGGGUGCUCGUGGUUUGUCUUGUCGUCUACAAUGUUCAGGCUAAAAAGCAUGAAGAUCCUGAGUGUAAAAUGACAACGCCUCAAAUAAUCGAACAUUGGGGUUAUCCGGCUGAAAUUCACACAGUAACCACCCAAGAUGGUUAUAUCCUGGAGUUACAUAGGAUUCCAUAUGGAAGAAAUGAUGCCAAGCCUACUGCUCCCAGACCGGUGGUAUUCAUGCAGCAUGGAUUGGAAUGCAGUAGCAGCAACUGGAUUACUAACUUGCCAGAGGAAAGUGCAGGGUUCAUGUUCGCAGAUGCAGGAUUUGAUGUUUGGCUAGGAAAUAUGAGAGGAAACACUUACAGUACCAAGCACGUCAGUUUGAGUCCCAAACACGAUAAAUUCUGGGAAUGGACAUGGGAUGAGAUGGCAAAAUACGAUCUUGAGGCGAUGAUCGACAUGGCGCUGACCACCACUGGACAACAGCAUCUCUAUUACAUCGGCCAUUCACAGGGCACAUUGACAAUGUUUUCAAAGCUCUCCAUGGAUCAAGCCUUCUCCGAUAAGGUUCGUUUGAGAUUCGUCAUGAUAACCACUAGCCGCCAUUCAAAAAGAUUCUUCAAAGUAUCAAAGCUGUUGGUUCUAUUGUCCUUUAUAUGUAAAUGCCUAAAAAGGCGAAGAAAAGGAUAUGUGACAUUAGGUCAGAAUUUGACGGCGUACAUUCUCACUUCAAUAAAUCCUGCAUUACCAAUUCACACCUUGCCCUAA